CGUUUUUUCGUGGAUGUGGCCCUCUUGGACGCGAGCGCGGGAAAUCACCAACAACCUGUCACAUCACCGUUGGGUCUCUUUUACCUGGAAUUCCAUUCGCUGCUGUCAUGUAUUAUUUACUCUGAUAAAAGGCGGCUUCGACUUCGGAAAGCGCGAGCAUUGCUUUGACGUGCGCGAAAAGGACAAGUACACACCACCGAAGUCCCACCCAACUGGCAGUGAGGAACGGUGGCCGACCCGAGUGGUACUGCGCCAGUUACCGGCCGAUGCGGUGUUAAGUAAAGCUCAACCGAGUCCACUUCACCUUCCGUGAUGAGCAAGACAGACGUUGCCGUGCUGUACCAUUUGCUCCUGGGCAUGUCGGAGCAAGAAGUACGCUCCUUGAAUGGAGGCAACCUGUGGUGGCUACCGGAUCUUAGCACUCUUACGGUUCUCCAGGCGAUCAACGCCAUCGGCAGUGCGCUGCAAGCUUUCCGCACCCUGGACAGGCGUACUUACUGUAUCGCCUGGAUUUAUUGCCGCCUGGCAGAGCUUCAACUUAUCCGAUGCUGGCACUCGUAUUCCCUGAGCCCCUGUGCGGCGGUGCUGACCGGCGAUUUCAGACUGGAAGAGUCCCUGGCGUCCGCCUUGGAUUAUCCUGGAGGCCACACCACGCACGCAAAGAUCGACGGCGACGAAGGCGUCUACGCUUGCAUCAUGACCACGAAACCGACACGCGCGACAUCGGAACACGAUGUCAUCUGUUUGUGCAUGCCCCGUUCACUGCCGCACCUUUUCGCCAGUGUUCCCCCGUUCACCGAGAGCCGCUUCGAUGCCGCUCUCGAAGCUGUACUGCGAGUAAGGCCCGCCGAAAUUUACGACGGUUAUUGCAUCGAGAUGCGUAAUGUAUUCGCAAACGCCCGCCUGAUGGCGGCGUCGUCAUCCACCGACGCAGAACAGCGCCAGAGAAGUUGUAACUGGUCUCCAAGUCCUCCGACCUACGUGCACAGAAUGUCGCCAACGAACCGGGAUGGCUCAAAUGGCACGUGACAAGGGACCGCAUGGAUUUUUUUUGGCGAAGACUGCGACGCUGUCAUCGACCAGAACUGGACGCCUCCAAUCCUCUACAACAAUUGGACCAACAUGAUCUACUUGGUAUGCCCCAUAUGCUGAAUCCAGCGCUACAAAAGGCUUCUGUUGGGAAGGCGUUGAACAGAGAUAAUGGCGUCCUAGUCCAAAUGAAUACAAGGUUAUGAAGUUUCGAUAAACAAGACUUUCACGAACAUGCCGUCCUUCAAGUCAACACGAGCCAUGCAAUGUUUGUCGUGACUUUUCAGUGGCUGUGUUGUAUUCAUCACGUGGCCGCUAUAGUUUGCGGCCCAGAAUUCCUCUUUCUUAUAACAUCGGCGGAGAACUUACUCCUCGCGCCGACAGCACAAGUGUUUUAAAUAGUGACCCUAGAACAAAAAUCGGGUCCAUUGUUUGCGUUCGUCUUGAUAAUUAAAGUCAAUACGUGGUCCGGGCGUGUUGGCAACAAUUUCUUGCGGCUUCCACAUAAGUGGGCGAGUUUACAUUUGCAGAAUUUCUAACAACGUAACAGCCCAAGAGGGGAAGAAAGAUUGAUGUAGGCGAUCAUGAGCCGCUGUGAAGCAUAUUCACCGUUUGAAGCGGCUCAUCUAAAUGAUUCGUGCGGAAUUCACCUCUGCUCUUCGAGAAUUGAAUAAAGCAUUUGUAAUCUCCAUUGCUAGGGAUACCACCCGUACUGUGCUUUUAUUAUCUUGGACGUCUUUUAUUAGAACUGCUUUCCAAUGGUUUUGUGUAAAACUUGGCUGUAUAUUAAAUGGCGCCGUUUGAU